GACAGUCCUGAAGGAACAUCUGGCGGCUCCGGUGAAACACUUGCCCGUUCGAAUGGAUCGUCCGCAAUCAUCAACGACGACAUGGCUUCUCAGUUGACAGAAACAAGCAUCAUGGAUGAUAUCCACAUCCCCAGCGAAUUGAGUCACAUGGAUGUUGAUCUUGGUCCACCAACUCAAGCCCUGGGUGACGGCGGCCUCGAGGACAUCAUCUUCUAUUCAGACUUUCAGCACAAUAUUGAUCCCCAAGCACAUCAUUGGUUGGUGCAGCAGGCCGAUGCAUCGCUGAGCAAUGACGCAAACUCCCUACUAGAUCAGGGCCCUUCAAAAACUGACACUUGUGAUCUUCUCCACCAUGGUAGCCAGAUCAACAAACUCGGUGGAAUUUGAUCUUGAUGAAGCUGAUGAUCAACUUAAAACCAUACUCCACUUGAGUAUUGUGAUGCUGAUACAUACAGCUCGCCUAGUUUGAGAUUUGCUCAGUGUAGUUUAUUAUCUUCCAAAUAGCCGCAAAUAAUUUCCCUGAGAAUUUUAUGAAUCCGUAAUUAGUACAUAUAUGGUUAUUA